CUGUUCAGCUUGUUGUUUGUUAGCUUUCUUCUUCUUCCUCUCCUCCGAUUUCAACGUUGUGUUUAUCUUCUUCUUCUUUCUUUAUCAUAAACCCGACGAAUUUCACCUGAGAUAAUCAAAAUUUUUUUGAAGGAAUCUUUGAUUGCUCUUUCUUAGUAAAAUCAUCUUCCAAGAGAACUGAAUCGUCGUACGUUUAAGAUGAGUUCGGCUCUACCUUUGAAGCUUUUGUUACCUCUUACAACAGCAUCGCAACCUUCUCCGUUCCGAUCCGAAAACCCUAAUUUCUAUCGCCGUCGUUCCUCUUCCUCUACUUCGUGUUCUUCCCAAUCUCCUUCUCCUUCUUCUUCUUCUUCUUCUUGUCCGCUUCUCUCUGUUAGACGACGCCGAUUUAGAUCCUCCUCUACCUCUAUUCCCAUGUGCUUUCCUGAACACACGAGAGAUCAAGAGGACGUAGAAGAUUUUUGGAUUAGCAAAGAGGACAAUGUGACAUGUAGGUUUGAUUCAGAUGAAGACACCACCACUACCGGACUCAGGAUUCCAACUCAGGCUCAGGCUAUCGUCGAAGGACCUGGUUCAGUUACUGUCUCAGAGCUACAACCAGCCCCUGAUGUUGAUUAUAUUCAAGAGCUGUUGGCUAUACAGCAACAAGGACCUAGAUCAAUUGGCUUCUUUGGAACAAGAAAUAUGGGUUUCAUGCAUCAAGAGCUCAUUCAGAUUCUUAGCUAUGCUAUGGUUAUCACUAAAAACCAUAUAUACACUUCAGGUGCAUCUGGAACCAAUGCAGCUGUUAUAAGAGGUGCACUUAGAGCAGAGCGACCAGAGCUUCUCACAGUUAUCUUACCUCAAAGUCUGAAAAAACAACCUCCUGAGAGCCAGGAACUACUGUCAAAAGUACAAAACGUGAUAGAAAAGCCUCACAACGACCAUUUACCAUUACUAGAAGCCAGCAGGCUUUGUAACAUGGACAUCAUAUCACAAGUGCAACAAAUCAUCUGCUUUGCGUUUCAUGACAGUAAGCUUCUCAUGGAAACAUGUCAAGAAGCCAAAAAUCUCCGGAAGAUUGUUACUCUCUUCUACCUCGAUUGAUUGAUUGGUUUCAGUUUCCCACGUCUUAUGUCUUCUUACUGUUUUUGUUCAUCUUCCUCUUUGAAGAUAGAUUCGGAGAAAGACAAGCUCCAAUUGUAAAUUAGGAAUCCUCAUCUACACAUACACAAACUAUUCUUUGUCAUACAUUCUAAAUUUCGAUUGGCUUUAUAGGAUGUCUCGAUCAUUUUUAAGAUA